AUGGUUGUCAUCCACAUCGUAUUGUUCAAAUUCAGGAGAGACACAUCCGAAGCAAUCUUGAAGACCUUCGUCACGGAGCUCAAGAAGUUGAAAGCCUUGCCGUGUGUCCAAGACCAGAAGCUGGAGGUGGGAGGGCCUUCGAUCACCACUCCAGCGGCCCGGAGCCAAGGCUUCCAGUACUGUCUCUUGAGCUAUCACAAGGACCGUGCUGCGCUGGAUGCGUACCAGGCCAGCGCGGAGCAUCACCGUGUAACGAGCCAAUACAUGUGGCCGUUCAACGAGGAUUUGGUGCGUUUCGACUUUGAAACCGACGAUGGCAUCGACGCACCCUCGACGGCAGCACUUACAGCAUCGGCGGUGACUACUAGCUAA